UCAUUCGUAACGAAUUCAUUCUGAUCCAAAAUGGAUUUGGAGUUUCGGAAUUUGACGUACACAGUCCAAAGUCGCCUACCAAAGGGACCACGGAAGGUGGUGGUCAAAGGCGUAGAUGGAAGGUUCACUUCAGGCCAGUUGGUGGCCAUUAUGGGACCUUCAGGUGCCGGCAAGAGCUCACUGCUCAACGCUCUAUCUGGAUACAGGUCCGCAGGCGUAACAGGUGAACUUCUGGUAAAUGGGCAGCCAAGAGACGAGCAGCAUUUCCAGAGGUCAUCGUGCUACAUCACCCAGGAGGACCUGCUCCAGCCGCUGCUGACUGUUCGCGAAGCUAUGGACGUUGCAGCGAGGCUGAAGGCACCUAGGGGAGCCAAAUCACCUUCGGAGGAAAUCCUACAAGAAAUGGGCCUACUGGAGCACCAGCAUACGAGAACAGAUCGGUUAUCUGGAGGACAGAAGAAGAGGUUAUCAAUAGCGCUCGAGUUAGUGAACAAUCCACCAAUAUUCUUCCUGGAUGAGCCUACCAGUGGACUGGAUACAGUCACGACCACCCAGUGCGUGAAGAUUCUGAAGUUAUUGGCGAGACAAGGCAGGACUGUGGUGUGCACCAUACAUCAGCCUCCUGCAUCGCUCUUGGAGAUGUUUGACCAGGUAUAUGUAAUCGCUGACGGAUACUGCAUAUACCAGGGCGACACAGCUGCUAUGGUGCCUUUUCUACAAACAUGUGGGUUGCCCUGUCCAAGACAUCAUAAUCCUGCUGACUUCAUUAUUGAACUAACAGAAACACCUGAAUAUAUAACCCUACUAUCGAAAGAGAUAAUGAAUGGAAAACUGUUCAAAUCAGCGAAGUUAGAUCAACCAGCGAUCGAACCGAACGCGAACCAAAUGCAGCUUAAAAUCAGCUACCAGACUGAUGACGCGAACGAAACUGAGAUAAUCCUGUCAAAUGAAAAAUGCACUUAUAAAGUAACGAAAUACGAUGGCUCAAGUGCCUCUGUAAGUUCGUCGUCCAGUCAGCUUUCUAAUGGAAACUCCUCGAUGGCGUGGAUGAAGAUGCAAAAAUCAGACACUAUGGAAUUCUCCACGACCUACUGUGAACAGUUCUGUAUAUUACUGAAGAGGAUGUUGACCCAAAUAUUUAGGAAUAAACAAGGUCUCAGUAUCCAGUUCGUUCACCACGUGAUGUGUGGCUUGUUAGUGGGAACUUGUUUCUUCAAUAUGGCCAAUGACGGUACGCAGAUGUUUAACCACCUCAAGCUCUGCGUCGGACUCGUCAUAUUCUUUGCGUAUACCCAAAUCAUGGUUCCAGUACUUGUAUAUCCUCAAGAAGUGAAGUUAGUGAAAAAAGAACAUUUCAACUGCUGGUACAGCCUGAACCCUUACUACGCUGCUCUCACAGUCUCGAAGCUUCCCGUACAAAUAACAUUCAACAUAAUAUUCUCAACGAUCGUGUACUUCAUGGCCGGAGUUCCGUUUACUGUAAUGCGGUUCGUGGCGUUCUGUCUCGUGGGGAACGUUGUGUCCUUGGCUGCUGAAGGCUUUGGCAUGGCUAUUGGAUCCGUCUUCAACGUUACGAAUGGCUGUGCCAUCGGGCCUUCAGCGAUCGCUCCAUUCCUCGGCCUAGCCAUCUAUGGCUUCGACUUUGCCCACGAGAUCCCUCUGAUGAUGAACAUCCUCAUGAAGACUUCCUUCAUCAGAUGCGGUAUUGUGGCUAUGGUCCUUACCAUCUUCGGUUUCGACCGUCAGCCUUUAGAUUGCGAAGACAUGUAUUGCCAUUUCGCCAAACCUGAGGUUCUUAUCAAGUACUUAGAUAUUGAAAACAGUUCUGUCUGGUAUGAGAUCCUCACUAUGUUCGGAAUCAUGUUUGUCUUCCGAUCUCUAUGUUACAUUGGCCUCAGGUGGCGAUUCGCGACAUGAUACUUCUAUUCACAUAGUCUUUGUAUGAGCUCGAUCAUAAAUUGUGAUAUAAGCAUUACACGUUUCUGUUAGUACAAAAAUUACGUUUCGAUUUCUUGUGAUAAUUUAAGAUUUAAAUUAUGAAGUUGUAGGUAUUUUAUACCAUUUUAUUUUGUAGUUACUGAUGCUUAAUUAAUCAUGUCCAGCGAAUUGAAUGGCAUAUUGUAAUUUAUUGUAAUUAGUAGUUAAAUUUUAAUUUUAUAUUGGGUAUUUGUCUCGAAUUUGAUGUAUAAAUCACUUUCAUUAAACUUUUAACUGUAAAUAAUUAUUAUUCUAUUAAUGAUACAAAACUGCGAGGGCGAUUUGAAGAGAAAUAACAGUUUUUAAAACUUUUUUUAUACUCUCUCUACUCGACGAACUCUAAUGGAGUUCUCUGAUUUCGUUUUAAUAAAAAAUCAAGUAUUCCUUUGACCAAAAAUAUUAGAACUUUACACUUAUGCGAACAUUUUCAUUCCAUUCUCACAAUUUUGUCACGAAACACUAAACAUAGAUACAUAGGUAUACGUAGUUAUGUAUCCAGCCAAAGAUACUGUUUACAGAUACAUUUUUGACUGAUAUUUCUAUAACACUUAGGUAUAACAAGGCAGUGUAGUACUCAUUUCUCUUGCCCUUUAAUUUAAUUUAAGUUAUAGUUAGUUUAAAUUAUGUUUGUAAUGUAUAUAUUUCUUCUAAAACUUCCAAAAGGGUUAUUCGGUUGUGUUUUUUCUGUGAGCUUACAUCAAUUUUGCUAGCCUUGUUCGCACUGCGCUAAUAUUUAAGUCGAGUAGCGAGUUUUAGCAGCUCCUUGUCUCUUCGAUUUUAGGACAGAAGCGAGAGAAGGCUACUAAAGAUUCGCUACUCGACUAAAAUAUUAGCGCAGUGCAAACAAGGCUUAACUUUUGGUGAAUUAUCCACCCGUUAUCAAAAAAAUAAAGGUAAUGAACAGGGGACAAUUUUAAAUUAAGUACAACAUUUUGAUUUUUGUUAAUC